ACUGGAAAGGCAAGUGCGGCUCGUGGGGCUCAACAACACUGUCCAUCUUCCUUUCUUUCUUUCACUUUUUUCACAUUCUUCUUUCUCUAUUCUUAUCUUUCUUUGCAUAAUUCUCAAGCUCUAUGAGGAGCCAUCGGAGAAGCUCGAGUUUUGCGAUCGGGACGGGAUCGAGAAUGGUGAAGGAAACCGAGUACUAUGAUGUUCUUGGCGUUAGUCCCUCGGCUUCGGAGGGGACAAUUCGCAAGGCUUAUUAUCUUAAGGCAAAGCAAGUUCAUCCAGAUAAAAAUCUGAACGACCCUCAGGCUGCUGAAAGAUUUCAGGUAUUAGGUGAAGCUUAUCAAGUUUUGAGUGAUCCAGUGCAAAGAGAUGCGUAUGAUCGAAAUGGAAAAAAUUGCAUUUCUAGAGAAACCAUGCUUGACCCCAUGGCUGUCUUUGCUCUGCUCUUUGGAAGUGAGUUAUUUGAGGACUACAUAGGACAUCUAGCCGUGGCAUCAAUGGCUUCUUCUGAAUUAGUAGGGGAGAGCGACAAUCCUGAGAAACUACAUGAAAGAUUGAAGGCUGUCCAGAAAGAAAGAGAAGAAAAGCUAGCAAGAUUACUGAAAAGUUUUCUUAAUCAAUAUGUUCAAGGUGACAAAGAGGGAUUCUUACAGCAUGCAGAAUCUGAAGUCAGACGGCUUUCUGAUACAGCUUUUGGAGUUGACAUAUUACACACUAUUGGCUACACAUAUUCAAGACAAGCAGCACAAGAGCUUGGAAAGAAAGCCAUUUAUCUGGGAGUGCCAUUUUUGGCUGAGUGGGUUCGCAAUAAAGGACAUUUCUGGAAGUCACAGAUGACUGCAGCAAAAGGUGCUUUUCAAUUACUGAAACUUCAAGAAGACAUCCACCGGCAAUUUAAACUGGACGGUAGUGGCCCUGAAAAUGAUGUUGAAUCACAUAUACGCCUAAACAAAGACACAUUGAUGAACUCAUUAUGGAAGUUGAAUGUAGUGGACAUUGAAGUAACCCUAAUGCAUGUGUGCCAAAUGGUGCUAAGGGAAAGCCAUGUUAAGAAGGAAGAACUUAAAGCUCGUGCAAUGGCUCUUAAAAUUCUUGGGAAGAUAUUUCAGGAAAAGCAUGUACAAAGUGGAGGAACAUCAAAGAAGAAAGAUGCUGCUGACACAGAUGAUGAUGGAAGCAGUUCGGAUACCAGUUCUGAUGAUGACUCACCAGGAGCACUUUCAUAUCGAGCUCCCCUACUCACUCAGGGUAUUGGGAGACUGUUUAGAUGCCUCUGUAAUCCAGCAUUUGAUGUGGAUGAUGAAGAAAUCGUGUAUAAAAGCAAAUGAUGCAUCAUGAUAUGUAUUUACAUUAAGGUCAACAGAUGAGGCCAAGUACAAAAUAUACAUCAACAUGCCUGUAAAUUUUUCUCUUGUCCAAUCACAAGCGUGCCAAAAGGGCCACUUGUUGAAUGGAGGGUUUUGUUCCAUUGAAGACAGUGGUGCAAGCCACGAAUUUGUGUUGUGUGAGUAUUUAAAAAAAGGAGCACCUCAACGGCACCAUUGAUCCAAUCUGGUUUUAAAGCGGCUAUGUGCAUCAGUGUUCAAGUGAAUCUGCAAUUUCAAACAUAACAGUAUUAUGAUAAUGAGAUAUAUUCCUAUUUGUUCU